AUGAGGUGGUGUGUCACUAUUGUCCUAUCGGUGCUGCAGCUCUGCAGCCCGGCGCUGCAGUCUGACCCGCUGCUCUACGUCUCCCAGCUGCACGAUGGCCAGGAACUACCCAGCAAGCCAUGGCUUAACCCCAUGCUGGAAGAUGUCAUCCCCUCCCGGGAAGUCACCAAACCUACUCAGAUUAGAGAGACCCCAACUGAGCCGAGCUCACACUCCUUCCCCAUGUUUGCUGAACAUGCCAACCUCAAGUGGGUGACAUGGAGCGGCUCCCUCCCUAGUGGCGCCGUCGCCAUCUUCAACGGCUACACCGAACGCACCGACUACGUUUGCAAAGUCAACUGCGAGGCUGGCUUCUACUCUGCCAGCAAGGGGAACCUCUGCUACUACUCGUACGCCGACAAAGAGUACGCUUCCUCCAAGUUUGAAGUGCUGGUCAACGUGGACCACUUUGAGUUCCUGGAAUGGGUUGAAGACUCAUACGGGGCAGUCCCCGGGUACGCCAUCAGAACAUGCCCCGACAAAGACAUCUAUGUGGGCAAGAACAAGUACGGACUCGGCAAAGUGGUGACCCAGCACGAGGCGUUCUUCCUUCCAUGGGAGGGCGAUGAGUACUGGUACAAGAGCUACCACGUCCUCGCCAUCAACAGAGACAGCUACAGCCAGCACAUCUCUCACGUGGAGUAUCUCGUUGACCAGAUGGAGCUCUUCCACCAUCCUCCAGAGGCCCUGAAGCUCGCCAAAGUCACCAACCUGGAGUGCCGGUAUGUGGAAAAGACAGUGACACUGGAGAAGACCAGUUCGGUGGAGAAGACCUGGGACAUUGGGAGGGACACCCGUAAUGGCUCCGUGUCCACCAUGAAGGCCAAAGUUCCCAUCCUUGGCCCAGGGACGGUGGACUUCACCAAGGAGCAGACAGUGACCUUCUCAGAGGGAACCAGCAUGGUGGAGUCCGUCAGCCACGCCGUGUCCGUGCAGCUGCAGGUGCCACCCAACUUCUCCUGCACCGUGAGGAUGGACGGCAGGAAGAUGACGGCCGACAUCCCGUACACCGGCAGGCUGAGCAGGACCAACCACAAUGGAGACACCCACUGGACGUACAUCACGGGCAUCUAUGACGGCGUGAGCGUCGGCGAGAUCAACGCUGUGGUGGAGAGAUGUCAGCCGGUGGUGGAUGCUGCUCCCUGCCCCCCAACUCAAAAUUGAUG